AUGACCAUUACUAACUACUUCAAUAAACCAAGAUCAAGGUACCCUUUGGCCUUAAAAGAUCCUAACUACCUUCCUGUCAUAGACUUCACUAAGAAAAACUUAGAUCCAAGUUCUAGUUUUUGGCCAUCUACAAGGCAAGCUGUUGUACGUGCGCUGGAAGACUAUGGCUGUUUUAUAGCCCUUUAUGAUGAAGUCACUUUGGAACUUAAUGAAGCUAUUUUCCGUGCAUCUGAGGAGUUGUUUGAUCUCCCAACCGAAAUCAAAGUCCUAAACACUUCUAAUACACCUUCACACGGCUAUGUUGGACAAGAGCCUAUUAUUCCUCUCUAUGAAGGUUUAGGCAUUGAAAAUGCCACUACUCUUGAUGGAGUUGAAAAGUUCACCAAUCUAUUGUGGCCCAACGGAAAUCAUAGUUUCAGUGAAACUGCAUUCUCGUACUCGAAGAUUGUGGCUGAGUUAGAUCAAAUGGUGAUGAGAAUGGUGUCGGAGGCUUAUGGUAUAGAGAAGAAUUAUGAAAGUCUCCAUGGGUCGAUGUCCUACCUUCUUAGGUUAAUCAAGUACCGAAGACCUCAUGAAAAUGAAAAGAAUUUGGGAAUUGUCCCUCACACAGACAAAAGCUUCAUGUCCAUUCUUCAACAAGAUCAAGUAAAAGGUCUUGAGAUCAAAACUAAGGAUGGCGAGUGGAUGGUUAUUGAUCCAUCUCCGUUCUCUUUCAUCGUCAUGGCUGGUGAUGUAUGCAUGAGAGGGAGACAUAUAUUGAAACCUCCAAAGAUACACAAGAUGAAACUAAAUAAUUCUACACGAAGGGCAUGGACUAAUGGCAGGAUUGAACCUCCACACCAUCGGGUUGUAAUGACCGAAAAUGCAGAAAGGUAUUCACUCGGCCUAUUUACAUUCAUCAGAGACUUGAUUGUUCAAGUACCGGAAGAACUAGUUGAUGAUGAGCAUCCGCUGCAGUUUAAGCCAUUCGAUCACUACAAGUAUAUUGACUACUACUACACUGAUGAGGGCAAGCGAUCAAAAUGUCCCAUAAGAGACUACUGUGGUGUUUGA